AUGUGGAUCCAUGUUUUGAUAAAUGAGCCUGAAGUACCCUCCCCCAUACACUUGAGCCAUAGGGACAUCAUCAAACCUCUGCACAUGACUCUCAAAUCUAUCUAUCUGAGUUCAUAUCUAUCUAUCUAUCUGAGUUCAUAUCUAUCUAUCUAUCUGAGUUCAUAUCUAUCUAUCUAUCUGAGUUCAUAUCUAUCUAUCUAUCUGAGUUCAUAUCUAUCUAUCUAUCUGAGUUCAUAUCUAUCUAUCUAUCUGAGUUCAUAUCUAUCUAUCUAUCUGAGUUCAUAUCUAUCUAUCUAUCUGAGAUAUCUAUCUAUCUAUCUGAGUUCAUAUCUAUCUAUCUAUCUGAGUUCAUAUCUAUCUAUCUAUCUGAGUUCAUCUAUCUAUCUAUCUGAUUCAUAUCUAUCUAUCUAUCUGAGUUCAUAUCUAUCUAUCUAUCUGAUUCAUAUCUAUCUAUCUAUCUAUCUGAGUUCAUAUCUAUCUAUCUAUCUAUCUGAGUUCAUAUCUAUCUAUCUAUCUGAGUUCAUAUCUAUCUCUCAUCUGAUCUAUCUAUCUGAGUUCAUAUCUAUCUAUCUAUCUGAUUCAUAUCUAUCUAUCUAUCUAUCUGAGUUCAUAUCUAUCUAUCUAUCUGAUUCAUAUCUAUCUAUCUAUCUGAUUCAUAUCUUAUCUAUCUAUCUGAUUCAUAUCUAUCUAUCUAUCUAUCUGAGUUCAUAUCUAUCUAUCUAUCUGAGUUCAUAUCUAUCUAUCUAUCUGAGUUCAUAUCUAUCUAUCUAUCUAUCUGAGUUCAUAUCUAUCUAUCUAUCUGAGUUCAUAUCUAUCUAUCUAUCUGAUUUAUAUCUAUGUCUGUCUAUCUAUCUAUCUACCUCAACCCUCUUCAAUUUCUCCCUUUUUUUUCUCUUUCUGAGUCUAUAUCUAUCUAUGUAUUUAUCUAUCUAUCAAACAACAGAGAGCAAUGGCCUUUUAUCUUCCCCUUUUUCUCUUUCUUCUUUUUCUUCACCUUCUCCCCCUCCUUUUAUCUGCAAUGUUUCUUCUUUUCACCUUCCUUUUACAUGUUUUUCUCCACAUUAUUGCUUCUGUUUUUUUAUCAGAUGCUCUUCAAUUUCUUCCUUUUUUUCUGAGUCCAUUCCUAUCAAUCUAUCUGACUCCAUAUCUAUGUCACUUCCUAUCUGA